AUGUUGAUUGGAGUUCAUUCUACGAUGAAUCCUCUUCUUCUCGCUCUACUCAUCAGCGUCGCCGCUGCUGCGGACAAUUACAAAAUUAAAAAUUAUUUCGUCAAAUUCCAUCCAAAUGCAACCGAAAAAACAUUUGUGGUUGACCAGGAGAGUCAUUUCGACGUUCUUGGCGAUGUGAAAGAGAUGAAAAUCAAAAUUGGAAAGAAUUUGGAGAUCGAUUCCGUUUCCGUUUUCACCUCUAAAUUCAUCUUCCGCGGAAAUCCCGAUUUCAUUGGACUCGCAUUGAAAAAUGAUGAAUACAGCUAUGAUAAGAAAACUGAAAUUCUCACCGUCAAAUUGAGCGAGGUGAACAAGAAAACGGCGAGCGAAGGAGCCUAUGUUUCGAUUCGAUACAAGGGAAAAAUUGCGGAUGAAGCGACGAAAGGACCAAUCUAUGUGACGAAGAACGGAGUAAUUGUUGCUGAUUUGAAGAAGGACACCCACACGAUUGUUCCGUACGUUGUUCCAGGAAAGAUGAAGGUUGGAUUCCAUAUUGUGACAGGACAAAAGGAAAAGGUCGAAGUCAAAGGAUUGGAUGCUCCUGGUGGCUUCAAGCACAUCGAUAACUGGGAUGAAACUCGUACCUACUACUACAGCGCUACAAAGGACGGCGGAUUCGAGCAAAUCAGCUUUAAAAUUUCUCCGCAAUAA